AAAAUUUUAUCAAAAUAAAACAGUAAAAUUCUAGUAGAAUUUAGGGUAAAUUACACGGAUGGUCCCUGUGGUUUGGGGUAACCUGCGCGCCUAGUCCCUGAGCAAGAUUUUUAACUCGGAUGAUCCCUAAUGGUAAAAUUCAUAACCAUCCUGGUCCCUCACUUAACAUCCCGUCUAGUUGCUCCGUUAAAACACCCCACGUGCAAGGCACGCAGGGGUAUUUUUGUCUUUUCAUGUCACCCAGUCUUCUUUAAACAUGGUUUAUUUGUCUUCUUCCCCCAUUUCUUUCUCAAUCGCAGUCUUCUCCUCCCACCUUUCUUCUCACAGCCGAUCAAACAUGGUGAAAUGCAAUUGUGGUGCGAUAGGCGUUAUACGUACUUCAACUACGAAAAGAAACCCAGGUAGGGCAUUUUAUGCUUGCCCAUUAGAGGGACCAAGGUCUGGCUUUAUUAAGUGGGUAGAUGAAGAAAAGCAUGGUCAUGAGGCGGAAAUAAAAAAUGAGGGGCUUGAAAUCCAAAUUCAAGAACUUGAGGUCCAAAAUCGGAAUCUGAAGGCAUUGUUAAUAAUCAGUUGGUUUUUGUUUUUUGGGAUAGUUGUUUACAAGUUGUAGUGUUAGUUUUAAGAUCAACUGAAGUAGUUGCAGUUGUUUACAAUGCCUUGUAAUGAAUCUUAUUUGUAUCAAGGGUACCCUUUUAUCAAUGAAAAUGAUAUUUUGUUGAACUUGAUUGUAUUUUACAAUUUGUGAUGU